AUGAGUCAAAAUUCAAGUAUAGGAAAAGGAAAUCAAAGUCCGCCUUUGUUCGACCUAUACGAGGGCCACCAGGAGGGCUCAGAAACGGAAGCCACAUCAGCUGCGAAAUAUCCCAACUUGUUCAAGUCAGAGACAACCAUCACAGAUUUGCCUGAAUUGGUGAAGCUAUUGCAUAAGUUUCUAGAAACAAAAAAUGUCACGGGACUGGCAUUAAUUGCUAGGCAAAAGGGACUUCCUCCUAGCAUGAGGGCGAAGGUGUGGCCUUUGCUAUUACGUACUCAUCCAUUUGUCCUGAAGCCGUAUAUCACCUCCGAUGAUGAUGAUGGUGAUGACGUUGACGGAGAGGAAGAAGAGCAAGAAGACGAUUUGCAUUCAUCAACUCCAGAUAACUCAACAACAAGCAGUAAUGAUACUGAGGGUAGCGAUAAUGAGUAUCCCUCAAGUAUUCCUAUCCAUAGGAUAAGAUCGGAAUUGCAAAGGUAUACGAUAAGGAGCAAUUACAAUAAAGAUAUUAUUAUGUCUCUAAGCCCUCAAGUCAGGCAACUAUUUGAAGUUCAAGAACAGAUUUUCCACACCAUCGAACGUGCUGUUGCUAGAUUCUUAAAAAAAUGGGGUUCUAUCGUUCAUUAUGACCCAGGCCUGGUGUGGUUAGGGCUAGCUUUAGCCGAAUGGAUUCCUCCUUUGCCUGAAUAUAGCUACAUUUUAUGUGGUCGUGAGCAUGUCGCCCGAAAUGGAACGAAACUGAGAGACAUAAACGACGACAACUUCCAGCGAUUAUACGUGAAUGACGAUAUCUCUAGCAUAAUUCUGAACUACCAAUCUGAAGACGCAAAGUUCUCAAUCAAUGAAAACAAGGAACCAAGCAACGACAAGUCGAACAAACAUCAAAAAAAUCUUUCAUUUGCUGAACUCUACGAACGAAUGGUCUUAGUUGUACUCCAUUCACCCGAACAAUCGGAUGUAGUCGAAACUGACUCAAUGCAUGAAAGGACUAACAAUAUUUUGCAAACCAUUCCCACCAAGGGUGGUUCAAUAAGCGAAAGAGUAUCGUUUUUUCUUCACUGUUUCCGUCAUUUACUUCCUGAACUAUCAAAUUACUUUUCAGAGGAAGAUAUUUUGAACGGUUACAACAACAGCGAUGAAUGGGUCAUAUGGUGGCUCAAAUGGGGAGGUGCUCGAGCAUGGUCCAGAUUUGACCGAGGAAGAGUUUGGGAUUAUCUUCUUGGUUGGAGGAAUGGCCUUCCUGCAAAUCCAAAUUCAAAAACGGAGAUCCUCAGACAUCAGGAAGAACUAGAAGAAGUGCGGUCCUGCCUUGAUUCGCACACAUUGGAGCUUUUGGGGCCAGAUUUAUUUUGGAACCCAUUAGUGAAGGAGGAUGUUGAUUCAACAAAAAAACCAGAACCAGAGUCGUGUGCUUUGAGUCGCAAGGAGUCACUGAAAAGUAUGUUGAGUACACUAUCUUUGACUAACAAUACAGCAUUAGAGUGGUCUUCGUCUUCAGUUGGGUUAGAUGAGCGUGAGAGACAAAGUAAUCAUAGAGACACAUUGCUUCAAAUUCCUUACUCCCAAAUCGAUCCUCAUUCGGCACUGGUUUUCAUUGCAGUAGCAUUUUUGAAAUCAAAAGAAUUUGCAUUGCUGGAACUUGAGAGUACAGAAAUAUUGGAGUUUCUUAACAAGUCUUCCUCCCUGAAGUUCAAUGGAUUUCAAUCUUUAAUCAGCGACCCUAAGUGGGAUACUGAGGAUGCUGAUGUUAGAAAAAUUAUGGACUCAUACAAUAACAGCCCCGAGGAUAGGGAUGUUCGGCAUUUACCAUCCUCUGGUAUAUCCUAUACGGCGGAGAAAGAUAGUAAGACCAAUUCUAAAGGUAAACGGGCUUUCAGUCCUUCACCUCCAUCAGAUUUGAGUUUAACUGGUCGAUAUCGUUCCCAACCUAAAAGGUCACCAAGAGGAAUUGAGAAUGUAAUUACAGAAGCUGGUGAGCUUUGGAGGAAAUGGUCGUGGCAAGAGUUAGUUGAAGACAAUUGA